AUGGCUUCACUCACUUUAGCCUUGCGCGGAGAAAAUGUUGAUCGAGCCUUCUGGGGUAUUGGCUCCGGCGGGGUGGGUCAGAGUCUACAGACGGCUCACAUCGAAGCCAUUCUGGGUGAGUAUCACACUUGCCUGGACAUGAACAUUUACUUCGUGGACGAGGAGAUGCGCAAGCAGGCGGCUAACCUUGUCGGCAAAAUUGUGGUGACCGGGCAAGAAAGCGUACAGGGCUCGCGACGUCCCAUGCGGGAGGAUAUAUAUAAGAAGCAUAUCUCCGCAGACAAAGUCCCUGAGCGCCUCCCGUUUGCUAUACACACUGCGCUCGUGGAGCUCCGCGGCUGGAAGAGGUUCGAACUGAACUCAGUUCCGAAGUUCGUUGGGGUAACAGAGGAGAAUAUCAAUUCCAUCUUCAGAAGAACCGCGGUGUGUGCAUACAAGAGUACCUUCGUCGAUGCCGCUCGCAUCUCCGGCCGGGAGGAGUUGGCUGCAUCUCAUGGAAUAUUUCCACGGGAUCCCACGUUGAAAGACUUCCUCAGAGAGAAGCCAGUUUGUCUAGUCACACUGCGAUGCAUCUGGAACUACGCACGGAGUCGGACAGCGGAACAAUGCCGUGAUGUACUAGAGAAGUACGUCGUCCGUGGUGGGGAUGGUGGGUUGACUAUGGCGACCGUCCGACGAAGUUGCGGUUUAGUGCCAAAUGAAAAUGUGCAGGUUGACGACGUGCAAGAAACACUGGAUGCCUUGGUCAACAAGCCCACAGACCCAUCUGCGGCUACUGGUGCCCCUGCGAAAGAUCAAGCGUCCGUGGUCAAGACCACAAUCGAUGGGCACAAAGAAGAGCACAANNCUGGUUCACAGUUGCCCAGCUGA